AUGUGCCGCGGGGCAGGGCCACCUGGGAUUGAGUUGCAGGGUAAUAGGGAUGGGAGGAGAAGAGAGGCGGGGCACGAGCACCAACACCUACCACCUCAUAAGCUGCGGGCAGAGGAGGAGCAGGAGGAGGAGGAGGAGGAGGAGGAGGAGGAGGAGGAGGAGGAGGAGGAGGAGGAGGAGGAGGAGGAGGAGGAGGAGGAGGAGGAGGAGGAGGAGGAGAGGAGGAGGAGGAGGGAAGAACAGGGUGCAAGCUAG